GAGCCGCAGCCCGCAGCAAUGGUGGCGUACUGGCGGCAGGCCGGGCUCAGUUACAUCCGGUAUUCCCAGAUCUGUGCCCAGGUUGUUAGAGCUGCAAUGAAGCCUCAGUACAAAGCAGAGGCAGAGAGGGCGGCAAUGGCCACCGUGAAAACUGUGAAACCCAAGAAGGAAUAA